AUUCAUAACCUCCCCCAAGGCCCAAGUCUUAAAAUGAUUAUUAUUCGUGUAGUGAGCGAUUACAUGUUACAUGUCAUCACUUUGUUUUUGUAGUACCUUUGUGUGCUUUUUUAUUUGUUUUGAAUUGCAAAAAGGUCGCUUAGAGCCUUAAUAUUUAUUUUUUUUGUAAUUUAAAAUACAUAACAAAUAUGCACAAGUUUAGGAAACUUUAACAAAAUCUUAAGGUUUGUUAAGUUUAUGAAUUUUUUACACCGGUACCAACUCAAAUCCUCCAUCAAGAAACUUAAAAUGAGUUUAUAUUCAGAGGUACCUUGGGGUGUGAGAUUUUUACAAAAACUGACUGACAAGUGCUGUCCAAGACUUCAUUUUAAUAGAGAAAAAUGUUAUCGAGCAAGUGUGGUGUUUUUAACUUAUAUCGCUUAUAUGUGCUAUCAUUUAUCAAGAAAGCCCAUUUCAGUUGUGAAAGCAGUGUUACAUAGGAAUUGUAGUGACUUAAAACCACCAGAACCAAAUGAACCAAAUGAUUGGUGUGACUGGGCACCUUUUGGUGGCUCGGACGCAAGUGCCUCUCAAAUGCUCGGUGAAUUGGAUAGCGCAUUUCUUUUUUGUUACGCAAUCGCUAUGUUCUUUUCUGGUUUCAUAGCGGAAAGAGUAAACCUGAGAUAUUUUCUCAGCAUAGGAAUGUUAAUGUCCGGCAUUUUCAGCUACUUAUUUGGCAUCGCCAAAACAUACGAUAUCCACAAUAUCGGUUACUAUGUGGCCGUCCAGGCACUAGCAGGUAUAUUCCAGACCACAGGUUGGCCGGGUGUAGUAACAAUUAUGAGUAAUUGGUUUGGAAAGAGCAAAAGAGGCUUAAUAUUUGGUCUGUGGAAUUCUCAUACUAGUAUAGGAAAUAUUUUAGGAUCUUUAAUCGCCGCCCAAUAUGUAGAAACCGAAUGGGCAUACUCGUUUAUAAUGCCCGGACUUUAUAUGGGUGUGGCGGGCUUUGUGAUAUUUUUAUUUUUAGUCGUUAAUCCAUCCGAUGUAGGCUGUACCGCACCGAACAAAGUACCAGAAGUUCGAUCAAAACGAAUAAGGCAAAUGGAAAAUCAAGUAUUAAAUGACGAUGAUUCUUCCGGUAUAGACACAGAGGUCGAUGAUACAGACAUAAUUGUAGGAGAACAAGCACGAUCGCGUCAUAUUUUCGCCAAUGAUAGUUUAGAAGUUCAACGAAGAAUAACAGAAAGAACAAAUUUAUUACCCAGAUCUUCAACAUCUUCGAGAGGAGAAGAACAGGCUAUCAGCUUUCUCAGCGCUUUACGUAUACCUGGUGUGAUAGAAUUUUCCUUAGCAUUAUUUUUUUCAAAACUAGUCAGUUACACUUUCUUAUAUUGGUUACCGCUGUACGUCAACCACGCAACGACUAUGAGCGUUGCGGUCAGUGCCGAUUUGUCCACUUUAUUCGAUGUCGGUGGAAUAGCUGGUGCAAUAAUAGCUGGUUAUUUGAGUGAUAAAUCUGAAAUGCCGGCUACUACAUGUUCUGUAAUGUUGAUAUUAGCAGCUCCUAUGAUGUGGGUAUACCAACAAGUCAGUGUGUUUGGCUUGGGAUUUAACAUGCUCUUACUAGUAUUAGUAGGGUUGCUAGUUAAUGGACCUUAUGCUCUUAUUACCACUGCCGUUUCAGCUGAAUUAGGUACUCAUCGUAGUUUGGAGGGAAAUUCAAAAGCAUUAGCUACCGUUACUGCCAUUAUUGAUGGGACUGGAUCAAUUGGUGCUGCAGUGGGUCCCUUGAUGGCAGGUUUUGUCACUAACUACGGUUGGCAGAAAGUAUUUGUCAUGUUAAUGAUUUCUGAUAUUUUGGCAUUGUUCCUUCUAUUGAGAUUAGUGAAACAAGAAUUCCUUAAAUAUAGAAAUGCGAGAAGAGCAGGAAUACGUAUAGAAUAGAAAUAUUAAAAUUAUUUUUCUUUGUGAUACUUAUCGCUACUAACUGGCGUUAAAGAAAAUCCUUAUAUAAAAUUUAACUCUUGGGAAAGCAAAUAUCCAAUUUUAAAGUGAUAAUUAGGAAAUUAUUUUGAUCAAUUUCAGUAUUUAUUUGUAAUUGUUUUGUUAAGAGUGCUGCCAAUUAUUCUUGUCAAUAUUUAUUAAUAAAUAGAGAAAUAUGGAACUUGAAAUUAUUAUAUAUAUUUAUUUUAGCACAUCAUUUUUAGAGUUCAAUAUUGUAUAAUGCAUUUUCCUAAAUUUCCAUAAUCAAAAUGUAAAAGAUUGUAUUUUUUGCCUUUAUUUGUUUACAAAACCUUUCCAAACUAUUUAAAUAUUUUCUCAUUUUAUUUGCGUUUUGUUAUGAACAAUUUUAAAACCUGUUAUUUGUCGAAGGUCUAACUUUUUUAAAAAACAAGCAUUUCUUAGUUAAGUUUAAACUAGUAAACAAAUUUAUAUUUAUUUUAAAUUAUUUAUCCAUUCCGAUGUCUUGAGGGUAAAAAACUACCUUAUCGGCGCAAUUUUAUUUCUUGAUAAUGGGGUCGUUCAAGUAUUAUGUAAGCAGGCUUAGGGGACAGAAGUUUCAAGUUUUAGGUUAAAUUACAAAUAAACGAGUUUAAGCCUGACUUGUAAUUAUGUAAAAACUUGGAUUUUUGGACUAUUUAUUUAAUUUAUAUAGUUAAGAAAAAUUCUGAUGGAUAGGUAGGAGGUAGGAUUGAUUCCCCACUCCAACCAUUCACUGUUGGGUUCUAAUUAUCAGUGCUGUUCCUAAAGUGGCGCUGGGAAAUAGUAACACGGUCUGUCUGUAGGCGUGCAUGAGUAUUAGACUACUAGUACUUCAUAACCUAUAUAGAACACGAGGCUAAUGAAAUAUUAAUUCUAUAAUCUUAAAAAUAAUUUGGUUUUUUAAACUUUAAUUUUGAAAAAAUUCUUACGGCCUAAAAUCAUUGAAAGUUUGCUUACAUAAUACUUGAAUGCUCCCAAUGUCAAUUAAAGACCUUUUCUUUAUGUUGUAAGUAUAUUUUUUUGUUAAGAGAAAUAAGUCAAAGUAUAGAAUAGUUAAAUUACUUUUAUUUAAUGAUGCCUUACUGUCUUAUAAAAUUUACAAAACGGGCAUUUUUUUAAAGUUAGGAAACAAAAAGUGAAAUAAAAUUAUUUAUAUUAUUAUAAAAAUUGCUUAAACGAAUUUUUAUUUUAAAAUCAUAAAACCCUGGUGCAAAAACCGUUUCCUAGAUACUUUUUAAUACAUUGUAUAAUUAUUUUGAAUGUUUGAUACUGAUUAAAGCUACCCAAAAGUGAGUAGUUUGAAUAUUCAAAUUUUUAUAACUUUCAUCAAAUCAGGAAUAAUUAUAUUUCAUAGUUUUGUACUUUAUGUAUAUUGUCUAUUUAUAUUGUUAGUAGGGUCCGAUUACAAUUAGAAGAACACCGCUACGUCAUAACUAUUAUUUCGAAUUUUGAAUACAUAUUAUCAAUAACUAUCAGUAAAUAAAAAAUAAGUAAGUUGUAAUAAAAUAAUAUUUCCUAUAAUAUUAUCACUCCACUAAACCCCCAGUAGGCGGCGAUAACCAAUUAAUUACUUUGCCAAAUGAUGUAGCUGUGUUUUUCUAAUUUUAAUCGGACCCUAACAAUUGCUGUGCAAUCCUUUCAAUUUUCACAAUAUUAUUGUAAUUUUUACAAUAGAUGCAGUGAGUAAAUAACAUUUAAAAAAUGUAUCACCUUUUCUAUUAUGUUAAUUAUCAGUAGUUUUUUUAUAUUUUUAAAACUGUAAAAAGCUAAAUAUAUAAAACUGACUGAAAUUUUGUUACCACAUUCUAUAUGUUUAUUAUAUCAUAAAAUUAAUAAUAAAAAGAUAAAAACCUAUUUGAAAAUUGUAAAAAAGUAUUUGGAAUGUAUUCAAAAUAAAUAUUUUUAUAUUGUGUUCUUGUCUGAUAUUGACAACAAACUUAACAGUUCUUAGAAAGAAUGAUGAUAACCUACUGUCAUUUAUUUGUUUUACCAUUCCUUAAUUCUAAUUUUUAAGCAGUCCUGUGGCUCUUUCGCCUGGUCAUGAAAGUAAAUACCACAAAAAACAUUUGUAUAUAUUAGAGUAUAUUUUUAAUAAAUUGUAUAAAAAAAAUUAAAUAAACAUAAUUUUAAACCAGAAAAAAAUGCGAGUAUUAAUAAUAUUAAAAUCGUUGGGAAUAUCUUAAAAUUAGUAAACAUAUUUUUAAAACAUUUUCUAUUCUUAUUAAAAACCAAUGAAUCGUGUAAUAACAUUUUCAGAUUUUUUCAAAAAGGUGUAGUUAUUUAUAAUCGUUCUAUAAAAUAAAGAUCCUGCUGUUUUUUUUUUAACUCACAAUAAAGAAUAAAAAUAAUUUAAGUUAUAUAAAAAUAAAUUAGAAAUUAAACCUAAUGAUUCCUUUAUGGUGUUCCAAACGGUAUUAUAAAUGAUAUAUAAUCUGCAAAUUCACCCCAAUUAGACCUAUUGAGCUGGAAAGUUAUGACCCAUGAGAGUAAGGCUACAAACCAAAUGGAGGUACCAAUUGCAGAACACACGACAU